CCCGCCCGAACAACCACACUCCGGCGGUCCCGCCGAAGGACUACAAAGCUCCGCAACGGCCCCACCAAGCCCAUCACCCGGCGUCACCGCCCGGCAACACCGCCGACCCCUACCGCAGCUUUGUCUGAUCCUUUCUGCAGCCAAGCAUCCCCUUGCCGGCCCUGCACAAAGCCCAACCCCCUCAUAUCUACGGACCCUUUAUACACCUUUAUGCAAUCAAUCACAUGCUCCUUCUUGAUACUCGACUGCUUGCGUAAGCACACGCCGUCGUUCCGCUCCCAUUGCGGCAGGAGGCUCUUUCUUCAACAUGUUUUCAUCCCCUGCCACUCUCCACCAUGGACCUCUUCUUCUCUGUCAGCAGGGUCCCAUCAGCUCUGCAGCCAGCCCUCCGCCGUGGCACCAUGAACUCUCUCCAGUACCUCUCCACGACUUUGCAGUGGAGAACGUCCCUGCCGGCACACGCUGCGGGCGACGGUGAGGGCGGACCCCCGCCAGAGAAGGACAGCGCCGCCGACGGCGACGACCAGGACAGCAUUGCGGAAGAGGACGGGCUCGGGAAGCAGCAGGACACGGGCGGCGGCGAAGAAGAAGAGUCCACAGACCCGUCGGGCAUUUCCCUCGAGGCGCAGACGGCCGCAGGCGUCAGCUCCUACGUCUUGUACUCGGUACUCUUUGUGCCGAGGAUCCUCGUUUACGUUCCCAUCUGCUGCCUUCUCUCCGUCCUCUUCUAUCCGCUCCGAAAACUGUACCAGCUAGGGCUCUUUCUUGUUGGGCUGGACGAAGGCGAUCACGACCACUCGGAGUACCAGGACCUCUCGGUCGAUGACGCAGAUACACAGACUCCGCAGCCAGGAUCCACUUCGCUCGUCUCGCUGGCUACGCCGUCUUCCGCAGAUGCUGUCUCGAACAAUGGCGACGAGAACGCCUCUCCAGCCAAAGCGGUGUCUGCCCCUUCCACCCCGUCUCCGCCGUCGUCCUCCUCCUCCGCCAAAUCCACAGGCAAGUACGCUCCCAAGUCGUCCAUCUCUACUAUACUGGAGGAGUCCAUGGAGUUUGACCCGGACUACCACGAAAACGACGACUAUUUCAAGUCGCCGUCGGACUCAAACCCAAUCACCCCUUCGAUACAUCUCAUUCCGGACACGGAUACACCAUCCAAGCCGUCUAAGGUGUCUAGACUGAACUACAAGCUUCUCCAGGCUGUCAAUAGUACCCCCUCCUUGUCCGCGGGCUCUUUGGAAGGAGCUAAUGCAGACGAGAGCGGAAUCCCAGCAACGCCAGUACCUGCUGUUUCCUCUGCCUCCUCUGCCGCUUCCACGGCAGCAGAGUUGAAACCGAGCUCAGAUUUGGCGCCUUCGGCAACACUUACCUCUGCUUCCCAGGCAAAACGAAAGAAAAGAAAGAAGUUCAUUUUUCCCAAGCUAUUAUUCGAUUUCAACAUCUUUGAACCUCCAAAACUACCUCGGAAAACGUUGGUGCUUGACUUGGAUGAGACCUUGAUCCAUUCGCUAUCACGAUACAAUUCCUCCACCCUCAACAAGACCAAGGGGAGGUCCAUUGAAGUGAAAGUUACGGGCAACUUGCCUACCUUAUACCACAUCUAUAAGCGCCCCUAUGUGGAGGAGUUCCUAUCCGUCGUUUACCAAUGGUUCGACCUCGUCUGUUUCACCGCUUCCAUAAAGGAAUACGCGGACCCGGUCAUUGAUUAUCUUGAAGAACAGGUUUUGUCCAACGAUGUGAUGAAAAAAUCCCUCAAGAAGCUGCAGGCCGACCCUCCCACCAGACUAUUCAAAACAAGAUACUACAGAAACUCUUGCAUUUUCGCAGAGGGCAAGGGCUAUCUCAAAGAUUUAUCCGUUGUCUUGAACGACGAGAGCCGCCAACCACAAUCGAGGUCCAACUCGAGAACCAGGUCGAGAGCCUCCAGCAUCUCCUCAAACGUCUCGAGGUCUGCCUCCUCCAAGGGUUUUGACUACUCGAAAAUCAUCAUCAUUGACAAUUCUCCCAUAUCCUAUGUACGCCACAAAGACAAUGGCUUAAUGAUUGAGGGUUGGAUUAACGAUCCAGAAGAUACGGAAUUGAUGAACCUAUUGCCCCUUUUGAACAGUCUGAGGUUUGUCAGUGACGUCCGCUGUAUCUUGGGCUUGAAAGAAGGACAACGUGCCUUCGCCUAGGAAGAGAUUGGUCUCUUUCAUUCUUUUCUAACUAUAUAUUUACGAUUUUUGUUAACGUUAUAAACCAAUAAUCACUUUACCAAAAAAACAC